AUGUCUGUCGCUCGUCCUCAAGUUUCUGUCUACUCCACCUCUGGUGAGGUUUCGACUUCUAACGUCGUUCUUCCCGCUGUCUUCCAGACCCCUAUUCGUCCCGACAUCGUCCACUCUGUCUUCACUGGUGUUGCCAAGAACAAGCGUCAAGCUUACGCUGUUGCCUCCAACGCUGGUGAGCAAACCUCUGCUGAGUCUUGGGGUACUGGUCGUGCUGUUGCCCGUAUUCCCCGUGUUGGUGGAUCCGGUACUCACCGUUCUGGUCAAGCUGCUUUCGGUAACAUGUGUCGUGGUGGUCGUAUGUUCGCUCCUACCAAGACCUGGAGAAAGUGGCACGUCAAGAUCAACCACAACCAAAAGCGUUACGCUACUGCCUCUGCCAUCGCUGCCAGUUCCGUUGCUCCUUUAGUUUUGGCUCGUGGUCACCGUGUUGAGACCAUUGCUGAGGUUCCUCUUGUUGUCUCCAACGAGGUUGAGUCUGUCAAGAAGACCAAGGAGGCUGUUGCCGUUAUCAAGGCUAUUGGUGCUCACCGUGAUGUUGUCAAGGUUGUCAAGUCCAAGAAGACCCGUGCUGGUAAGGGUAAGCUCAGAGGUCGUCGUCACACCCAAAGACGUGGUCCUCUUGUCGUCUACGGUGAGGACAACGGUCUUGUUAAGGCUUUCCGCAACAUUCCUGGUGUUGAGACUUCUAACGUCCGUGCCUUGAACUUGCUUCAACUUGCUCCUGGUUCCCACCUUGGUCGUUUCAUCAUCUGGACUGAGUCUGCUUUCUCUCUCCUUGAUGAGAUCUGGGGUUCUGAGGCCAAUGCUUCUGCCAAGUCUGGAUUUACUCUUCCCCACAACAUCCUCUCCAACGCUGAUAUUACCCGUAUCAUCAACUCUUCCGAUAUCCAAUCUGUUGUCAGAGCUGCUGGUGACAAGCACCAAAAGCGUGCCAACGCUCUUAAGAAGAACCCUCUCAAGAACAAGCAAGUUCUUCUUAGAUUGAACCCAUAUGCUAAGGCUUUCUCUGCUCAAAACCUCGGUUCCGCCAAGGUUGAGAAGACUACUGCCUCCAAGCCUUCUGCUGCUUUCAAGGAGCUCCUCAAGGAGAACUAA